CAUUCAUUCAGACGUUUAAACCAUUAUUUGUUGAGAUAAUGAGAGCGCAUGCCUUCAUUGAAAUCUAUUUUAAAUUCUGGUCUCAAGAAUCAGUUUUGAGUCCAUUCUUUCGUGUGAGAGGAUCCCUAAAGUGAGAGUUGUUUGUGAGAGAAGUCUGAGAAAGUCUUCGCUUCUUUUGAAUUCAUACCCAAAUAGUUAUAAGAAAUGGCAGAUCUUAAACCACCGGAAGUUGAAAAGGCGAGACUGCACUUCGAUAUCUAUGACUUCGAGGGCGAAUCCAAAGUAGAUUAUGUGAAUCUUUGUGAUUUAUUGCGAUCACUAGAUCUGCGCCCGACGUGUGCCAUGAUUGAGAAGAACGGCGGAACCAAGAAGAAGGGCGAGAAAAAGAUGAGUUUUGAAGAAUUCCUUCCCAUCUAUAGUCAAGUAAAGAAAGAGAAAGAAGUCGGAGCUUUCGAGGACUUUAUGGAGGGUUUGAAAGUGUACGACAAGGCCGAGAAUGGGACGAUGUUGGCCGGCGAGUUGGCGCACAUCCUCCUCUCAUUAGGAGAGAAAUUAAAUGACCCCGAAGUGGAAGACAUCCUGAAAGCGGCUGCGGGUCAGGAGGACGAGGACGGCUUCAUUAAAUACGAAGCAUUCAUACGGAACGUAAUGGCCGGUCCCUACCCUGAAGAAGCCAAAUAAAAUUCACCACAAAAUCCAAUAUUAAUUAUAACUUAAAUUCGAUACAUAAUUAUAUUUCCAUUGAUUUGAUAAAAACGUUAAAUUUUAUUUCAAAUCAUAGGAAAAGGAAACAUUUUAUUAAUAAUAUAAAUAUUUAAAAGCUGUUAAAAUAUCGUUUAAAAUUUAAAUAUUUAACUUCUAUUAUAAAUUAGAUCUAAAAUCUGAUAACUAUUUUCAGAACAAUUUUGAUCCC